AUGUCGGGCAAAACAAACAAAGCUACGAUGCAUGAGCUGAAACUUCGAAGAUUGAUGGAACAUAAUCAUAGAUUGAGAGAGGAGUUGGCUAGACCUAGAGUUAUGGUCAGUGUUGCUAGCUUGAAUCUGAUCAAUUAUUGUCGAUCUACUAAAGAUCCCUUGAUUCCCUCACUCUGGGGACCACUUCAAAAAGGGGAAGAUCCAUUCGCUCCUGUCGAGCAAGCGGGCUGUUGUUCAUCCAUGUGA